ACGCUACAAGUGGAUCACAAAACUGACAACUCACCUUGCCAGACCAGUUUUAAAGAUAACUCUUCAAGGUGGUCGACAAGAUGCCCAAGUAUUGUUCUGCACCGAACUGCAAGAAUGAUUCUGGAAAUAACAAUUCUGAUAGGAAAAGCUUCUACAAGUUUCCACUGCAGGAUCCAGCUCGGUUAGAGCAGUGGUUGAAAAACAUGGGUCGUGAGGACUGGAGCCCUUCCAGACACCAGUACAUCUGUCAUGAACAUUUUGCAUCUUCCAGCUUCAAGCUGCGUUGGGGGAUUCGUUACCUGGAGAAUAACGCUGUGCCCACUGUCUUCCAGCUCACUGAGAAACGUAAAGGUGAGGAACACAGUGAGAGUCAGAAAUCCAAAAGGCUGCGACACGGCAGGAAACAACGGACCACCUCUUUUGACGUUGGGAUGCCAGCUAGCGACUCCACAGACAGUGACAACACAGUGACACUCUAUGAGGUCACUGUUAACCCCUCAGCGACUGAGGAGGCAGAGCUGCUGGAGGAGCGGGACGUGACUGGUCACACAGUGGGCCUUCUACACACAGCACCUCUGUCACUAUUAGAGGGGAGGAGCCAUGACGGGGCUGCAAGAGACUUCCCUGUUACUGUGUUCCAGACAGUAGAGGAUCUGGGUGGGCUGGAAGAGGUGGUGAGUGGGGUCACAGCAGCCAUCUUGACUGAGGGUCAUGACCUCGGAACGACGGAAGAUGUCGGCAAUUUUGUGUUGUCCCCGACAUCUCUGGUCAUGGAGAACGUCUCUCUUGAGAUGGAGGAGGAGCUGUCUGUCUCCCAGGACGACCACGGUGGUGGGGCUCAGAUCAUCGCCUACUUUGAGACGAUCCCCAACAUUCUGUCCAGCGGGGCUGCUCAGUUCAGCAUCCCCUCAGACACUGUGUUGUCCUCUGCUCUCAGCCCCACACCCAUCGUCUCCACACUGCCAAUAGUGUCCAAGCACAUGCCCCCCUCUCCUGCAUCACUUAUCCUCACGCUGGAGAGACUGGCGACGGAGGAAGGGCAGACUCCAGAGGACCAUAUGGAACAUCGGGGAAGCCAACUGGAGGAACACCGCUACAAUAAGAACAGCCUGAGUAAGGAGCAGCUGGAAGCCAUUGUGACAGAGCUUCAGAAGAAGGUAAAGGUAUUGCAGCAGCGACACAGGAGACACCUGGAUAAACUGGUGGGUCUGGAAAACACCGUCAACCAGCUGAGACAGAACAACUUGCUGAAUGAAGAGAGGGUACAUCUGCUGGAGAGGGUGUGUAUCCAGACCAGUGCUGCUGUAUCGGAGGCAGGAGAGACGGUGGCCAUCAUCUAUGAACAGGACAACACAGCGUACCUCUAUGACGGAUCGGGUUAAACAGCGUACCUCUAUGACGGAUUGGGUUAAACAGCGUGCCUUGUAUAAAGACAGAGAAAGAAGGUUAGGGUCCAGAACAGAGACCAGAUGGGGUCAGGUACCAGAACAUAUACGGGACGGGGUCAGGUACCAGAACAUAUACGGGACGGGGUCAGGUACCAGAACAUAUACGGGACGGGGUCAGGUACCAGAACAUACACGGGACGGGGUCAGGUACCAGAACAUACACGGGAUGGGGUCAGGUACCAGAACAGACAGACACGGGACGGGGUCAGAUACCAGAACAGACAGACACGGGACGGGGUCAGGUACCAGAACAGACAGACACGGGACGGGGUCAGGGUCCAGAACAGACAGAUGGGAUAGGUAGUUGUUACCUUGCUAAAGUGAUGAGGAAUCUAGUUGAUAUGGACCCUGUACUUUAUGUGAUGUGAAAAUCAAACUUUAUUGUGUAUUCUUGGAAUAUCAGAAGAUGGAGACUGAUCUGUUUGGA